UAAAGAGACGGCGAGACAGACAGACAGACAGACUGGAGGAGCCGACGGGCCGAGGGACAGACCGAGUGACUGCAGGAGGAGCGCAGCCGGCGCAGGGACUUCUCUCCACAACACGCCGCUGAAAUGGGAGUCGAAAUCGAAACCAUCACCCCGGGAGACGGAAGGACUUUCCCCAAAAAAGGACAGACGUGCGUGGUGCAUUACGUCGGCUCCCUGACGGACGGGCGUAAGUUUGACUCAUCCCGCGACAGGGACAAGCCUUUCCGGUUCAAGAUCGGCAAGCAGGAAGUGAUCCGAGGCUGGGAAGAGGGUGUAGUGCAGAUGAGCGUUGGUCAAAGGGCCCAGCUGACCUGCACACCCGACUUUGCCUACGGAAACAAAGGCCACCCGGGUAUCAUUCCUCCCAACGCAACGCUCAUCUUUGACGUUGAACUGCUGGGUUUGGAAUGAAACAAAUCAAGUCCUGUUUUCUUUCUUUUUAGCCUGUGACUUCCUACCUGGGCGAUCCGGAGAGAAACUAUGAAAGUCUGCAAUUGAUUUAUACGAGUCUCCAGUUUAUUGUUCCACUACUUAUUUCAUCAAACUAAGGACAGCCUGUGUUAUUUUGUCUCUGUGACUGAGUGAAAUCUCUUUUCCACCAUAUCCUUCCUCCCUGGGAAACAUGGGCCACAACCUUACAAACAUCCACGUCUUGAAUACUUUCACAUUUUGCGCUUUAAUUUUCUUAACUUUUUCCCCCAAAUAUUGGUUGCGCAUGGUUACGCCGACAAGUACAAAACACUAAUGAACCUCUAGCGAGGACAUUCAUCUGCCACGACUCCAUGCGUACUUCUAUUAUACUGGAGAGCUUUGUCGUAUUACAGGAAUGGGGAAAAAAGUACAGUUAUCAAACAAUGAUUUCUAUCCUAUCCAGCAGAAAACCAGAACAAGUGGAACACGUUUCCGUUAGGGAGGGACGAGGCGUAGUGUUGAGUUGAGUGGCUUGUCAUGGGAGGUGGUGAAAAGGAGGUACUACCUUUCCCUGUCUUCAUGUUCAAGGCUCGAUGGAAACCCUAGCAGCAUGUACACGUAGAAAGCUUUGCAUUCAACCUGUGUUGUUAUUGCCUUCUUAUCUCGCCGUGUCUUUAAACCCGCCGUUAACGGUCAAACUGUGCAAGGACAGGAUUUGUGUUGAUGCACAUUAAUUGGAUUUUUUUUUCUUAAUAAAAAGAGUAAAUAAAUAGGAAAUACUUGCAAUUUGACAACAGGGGUUGAGGAAGCAAUCAAAUGGUGACCUCCCCUCGAAAUAUUGUGUCACGACUUCAAUCCUUUUCAGAUACGUGUUUUCUAUCUCUGAGAAUCAACAAAGUUCAUGUAUAAUGUAUGAUGAUAGACAUUGUGCCCAGUGUCAGUGAUGAACCAUACUGCCUCACUGAACCCAAAUAUUCUGACACAUUCUGACCAUCCUAGUGGUUUUGUAUCAAUAAAGGAAAAAGCUGGCCUGGCUGUCGGUUGUUUACUGCCAACGUUACAUAUUGGCCAAGCUGCAGGUGGUGGGCAGCUCUCCGCCUCCGUACUGUGUAGUUAUUUGCUGUAUGCGGUUAAAACCAAUGAUUGCUUGUUUAAAAUAAAACAAGUGCUCUCAA